CCGUUAUCUCCUCCAGCGCCUCUCAGGCUUCGCAGAUCGUCAACCUCCAUCACUACUAGUGUAUCAUCUUUCUCUCAGACCAGACGUCUCAAUUGACCACGGCCGUCGACCAGAACGAUGCCAAUGUGUCUCUACGCCAGUUCCGCUACCGCCUGCACAUGGUUUCCAAGUCGCCCAAAUGCCUGCAGCUGAAUUGACGACACGUGACAGCGAGUAACUUAGUCAGCUCCAGCUGCUAGCGCGAAACUGGAUCAUGAUCUCAAGACUUUGAGCGACUUUGCGCCUGAGACGAAAGUCAUGAUCAACUGAACCCACCUAUGCAUCCUUGGGUUGCGCGACAAUGGCAUGCCUGGGGCUGUUCGCGAUCCGUCUUCGGUGACCUCUGCCGCCGCCAGCGCUUUCGCGGCCCUGUAAACCUGCACUUUCACACCCAAAGCUCUGCGCAGCCAGGUGCAAAGAAACUGUUUAGAAAUGUCAACAGUGCUAUCAUCGUUCCGUCGUCAGUCACGAAUACACGCCCAGAGGAUCUAAUCGUUCACAUCAAGCCUGUACUACGGCAACGCGUUUUCAAAGAUCGAUUCAUCGUCUUCUUUGUAACGCCCUCAUUCGCGACAUGGCUCUUGGAUGACCAAGUCUUUCUCCACAAAGCCCUCAAACGCACCUACGCACACCUCCUGGAUCGCACUGAAACUCCAUACGCUCAGGUGCACGCACUUUGCGCCGUCGUCGACAAGCUGCCUAUAUCGCGACCAGUCGGGAAUGUCGAUAACAUAGAAGAGGAAGUCCGGCAGCGGAUACAGGACCCAAACGUGCAGGAAAUCGGGCAGGAAGGAAUCGCAUAUGCUGCCCUUAGCCCAUCUGACUCUCUGCCGACUUCCUCCGGCGUUGGCACGGACAAAGCAGCCAUCAGUUUCGUAACUUUUGAAAGAUCGGAUGAUGACGGCGGCCACUUUAGUGAUACUGUCCGGUUACCGCUAGCCAACACUGUGUUCCAGACUGGCUCGCCCACGAUGAUGACAUACUCGACGUGGGAGAAAGCAAAAGGCUCACAUGAAUUUACGUUGAAAGAGAAGCGGAACAUUUCCCAUCAUGGAAUUCGAAUGAAGGUCGAGAGCGACAUACAGUCCACCGUAUUGAGUGUGCCUCUUGUUCCUUUGUCCAAGCCGCGUGAGGUGGAGGCAAGUAUGGGCAAUAUCCUUCGGAGAAUCACAGGCCCGCAUGGCGCAAGUAUCACCGCUUCUCAGGAGCUGGAGCAACAAGUGCCGAGAUACUUCAGCACCCGUGGUGAACCGUCUCAGGCGACCACUGUCUGGGCUCUCGUUAUGGGUCCCCAUCGCAAUGUGGACAGCAGUGAAGAGACAUCUUUAUCUCUCCAAGAUCAGAGCGAAGAAAAGCAAUGGGAAAAUCUGUGGAAGCAAGAUCCUCCCUGUUGGUCUCCGUUGGUGCCGGUUGCCCUAAAGAAUGGUGCUCGUUUGCAUCGUGUGUUAAGCGGCGGAGGUGGCUGGGGCAAGAAAGCCGGCCUUCUCUCGCUGGAUCCUAUUCCCACUAGGGGCAUCAACUUCGCAGAUGAACUAAGUGACCCGGAGGAAAUCUUGGAGGGAAACUUUGAGGAAAACUUUGGCGAAGAAGGCCCUGAUCUUGACUCGGCUCUCCAACAAGUUGCUCGGCCUGGGGACUGGGUGCAGUUCUUCAUCUCUCCUUCGGUUCCCGCAAAGGAUGAUUUCAUUACCGGCAGCCACGGUGGCGAGCAAGUGUGGGGCCUGGAGCUCGGAACUAUCCCGAGUACGACUGACGCCAUGCCGGUUGCUCUUGGGGAAACUGGCACCGCAGGAAGGAAAGAAAUCUCCGUUUACAAGUCCACUUUCGGUGGAUUGGCGGAGGGAGGUAUGGUCAUCAGUCGCCGUUUCAAACUCGGACAGGAAGACGGCUUCUCGACCGUUGGCACAAGCACAGUUGAUGUGCCUUUUUCACGCUUCUCCGUGCUGAACUGGAGGACCGAGAGUAGCUCAGAAGAUGACGUGGAUGUAGGUGGUCAGGACAAGUAAUCGUAUGUACUGUAUCUAAUGUAAGAGUAGUCCUUUCGUGA